AGUGCCACGUCGCCUCGCCGUAUCUCCGUGCCCGUCCUGGUGAAGGAGGAGAACGCCACUAAGGGUUCCUCGUCGUCCUCGUCAGGAGCUGCGGGGGAGAGCAAGCUGGGACAUCACCGAGACACCUCAUCCACCUCAUCCUCCAACCUGGCGGGCUCCAACACCUCCAGCCUCCUACCGGCGCACCUCACUUGCGACUCUGCGGGCGCUCUCGACCCCUUCCGCAGCCAGGGCUCCGCCACGCCCGUCAGCGCCGCCGCCUUCCCGUCGAUGACCCCGCUACACCACAACGUCAACAACGCCUACCUCCACCACCAGCGUGCGUGGUAAGGGUCCGGAAGACCUCUUACACUCACCAGGGGAAUAAAUGGCAGGGGCCCCCCCAAACCCCUGCCAACUGAGGGGACCAGGCAGUCUCACAAUCUGCAAUUACGCCUCACUAGGGAAGGCCCAAAGUCACCCUCUCACCUGGGAUAUGGUAGGUUUGACUAGGGCGUGGGCGGCCCUACGCACUCAGCAGGAAGGCCCCCACCACCACUGACAGCCAGCUGACACCUCAAGGACGCCGACAUGAUACUGGUCCCAGUGACGGAAACAUUAAGAUGCUCGGGUCUACAUUUGGCUCUAUCCCGCCCGAGUCAUCGCCCUCCACUUAAAGCUCUGGAAUUACUUAAGGAAGCACGCACUUGAGGUGCUGAAAAUACCCAGGACAGUCUGCAUUAAUCAGUGUUUCUCACCGGGUCUUACAUAAACACGUAAUCAGUUAAAGUGAAGGAAAAAAAAAACAAACUGUGUGUUCAUAACUUGCUUUAUCACUGUGAAUUACACUGGAAAAUAAAGCAACAGCUCUUGAAAGUAAAACUACUCAUUGGUAUUCCGGUCCUGCACCCUUGCAGCCCUUAAAAGUGGAUCACACAAGACUGGGGUCGGAGGCUGCAGGGAGCUAACAAAGGCCAGGUAUUUGCAGUAAUUCAGAGCAGCUGUGAACUUGUGACUUCCAGUAUUUAAAACUUUUGUGAUCCGGUAUAGUGUGGCAGUGGAGUGAACGUGACUCGCCUCAAAAAUAAUCCCUCCUUAUGCAUUCAUGCCACAACUGUACAGGAGCCGGGAGUGAUAACAGUGACGGCGCGGGAUAGUCAAGGAUGUUUAUUUUUCUUGGUUUGGCCUUUGAAAGUGCACAGAGAUGUUUCGUGGGCGAGGUGGGGGAUGUCGGCUGUUGCUGCUGCUACUGCUGCUGCUCCUCCUGCUGGGGCACCCUUCAAAACCAGUAUCGUUUCAUUAUUCUUAACAAAGAUAACAAUUUAGGUCGAAUUGGUAGACUUUCAAUUUGUAUUCAGGCAGCGGCUCCUGUGUGUAUUUAAGUGUUCGAAUUUGAGCCGAGUACAGAAAUGACAGGAAGACGUCCGCCAGCGGUACUACAAGUAUCUUCCCUACGAUCUCCGUUCGUCGAUGUGACAAAUUCAGACCCAAAUUGCACAGCUCAAAGCUCUGGAAAGGCAGCGAGCAAUUUCCCCUCGACUUUUUUUCCCCCUUUUGCCGGUAGGAGCAGCAGUGCUGAUGGCUCUCAAACUUCCAGUAAUGGACUGUAAGCUGGAAUUUGUCUCCCAUGUGGUGGUGGUGUGGGUCGGGCGGUGCUGGUGCUGUCACGGCUAUGUUGUUUUUCCAUGGAGCGCACACCGGCCUCCUCAAGGGCCCUCCAGCUUGAGGGCGCGCGUCCCGACCCCGCCACUCUGGCUGUGGCUUUAGUUCCGCUAUGCGUUAAUUCCGACUCAAAGCAGUUCAUUUAGUUUUGGAAUCAUAAAGUAAAGCACUGCCAGUAUUUACUCAGGUCUGGCGAGUGUGUCAUACACAGCUGAGAAGCCCCGUCAGCGGGCUGUGAGGGCGCGUGGCAGGAGGCCAGCUGCAGGAGAUUGGGACGACACAUACCAUUUGGUUGGUCCAGCCGUAUUGAUCGGCAAAGCUGGACUUCAUAGAACCACAUCCUGGAAUGUGGGAGAUACAGGGGAAAAAUUAUGAAAAAAAUGUUUCUCUUUCACCGGAACCAAACGGGAGCCAGUGUUUAAGGCCAGCAGGGCGGAGCAGAGGCCAUUCUGCAGCAGCAGCAGCAGCCGCCAGCAGCAGCAGCAGCAGCCAGCAGGCGCAACUCUAGUAUCCCGCUCCCC